AUGGCCGGAGCCCGCGAGAAGCGACGCACGGCCCGCAUCCUGCGUGGCGAGACAACGAUGUGGAAGGCCAUCUGGACGGAGCUAAAAGCGAUCCAUUCGAAGGAAGGCGCUCAAGCGCUGAGUGCAGCAUGCGUUGCAAAAGCUCCAGAAGAAGACUGCCAGGUUGAUGGUGCAUGUGUGCUAGUCCCGCAGGCGUCACCUCCCCGCGCAACAGCAGGUCAAGCGGCGACUCCGCUUCCGGACGCUGCGGGCGAAACGGCGACUCCGCCUCCGGAUGCUGCAAGCGAUGCGGCAAGCCCUGCUUUGACGACUCUUGCGUUGGCAGCAGCAAACCAAGGAACUCCAGCCCCACGCCAGCGAAGUGCACCAGCGAAACGUUCGCGGGGUCGUGCUAGCUUGGAUAGCGACGAUGACGACGCAGAAGAAGCUGAGUAUCACUUGGUGCCGCCGACGUCCAGAGUACUUCGACCAAGACGCUCCGCGGAUGCUUCAUAUUCCGGCACUUCUCUGUUUGGAUCAUCGGACGAGGAACAUGGCGCCGUGGACAACGCCGCAGACAUCGAUUACGAUGCAGCAGCCGAUCAGUCUGAGGUCUGCAGUAUAAUGUCAAGUGAUUCAGAAGAUGACCUGAACCAGGUCGAAGACGACGACGACCCAGACGACUUCGGCGGCCUUGAUUACGGUGAUGAGCCUAUGGAAGACGAUCUCGUUGAUGAAGAUGAAUCGGAUGUUGACGAGCGCGGCUGCGACGACCUAGCCGAGGAAGACGAAGUUGAAGAUGAAGACCCCAACUACCUGGCGGCUAUUUCCGAACGCCAUUUUGCAGAGAAGUUUCUCGAGUCGCUGGGUGGAGCUGAGAAGGUGCUGGCUGGCGACGUUGUGGGCAAGGCCCUGGAGAAUCUACGAGCACACGUCACAUCAGGAUGGUCCGAGCCGAUCAACCCGGACGUGUAUGAGCACCUCCAAGCCCCGUAA